AUGCCUACGGCACACCCGCUUAUGGCCAUUAGCCAGAUGGCGGAUGUCAGUAACCACACGCAGGUGGCCCCGGUCCCAGUGCUUGCUACAGUGACCGGAGAAUCUGGUGAACUCCUGCGCCUUUCCAAGAUGGACAAAUCAAAAUGGCAAUGGGGCGAGCAUGAGAACCCUACGCUUCGCCUAUUGAAUAUUGACCAGCAAGACAGGGAGGAGACUGUUCUCUGGUCGAGCGAUGGAGCCCCAAUCCUACAGAUCAAACCUGCAUUGAGUCUGGUCCGGUUUGAGCCCAUUCGAUGGCUGUUGGUGCAGAAGAGGACGUCCACCACGAUACUGCAGCCAGAAUAUCACAGGAUUCCAGUUUCAGAGCAUCAGCAUGGGAUCGUCAAGGCUAUCGAGCGCCCCUCUCGAGUUAAUCCGAAGCCCAUCACGACCAUCACUUCAGAGCAGACAGGCGGCAUUGCUCACUCUGACGUCUCAUUCAGCCAUGGUUCUCAGAGGAAACCUCCACAACUGGCCAUAAUCGACGAGUGUGGCUACUACAGUGUCUGGGACAUCAAAGGCCGAGACAUGUUAGGGUCCACGAGCAAGCGCGCCAAACUAAGACACUGCGGUCAUAUCCAACUAGGUGUUACAGAGCAGCUUCCUGACGAGGAUUCACCAGCCUUUCGCGCCGAGUCCCACGGUAUUCUCUGGUUAAGCUCUCCCGGCCCAGGCGUGGAUCUCUGGGAUGCUCCAGCCAUCGAUGACCUGGCUAUGGAAAAUGACUUGGCUGCUCUGACAUCCCGAUCCAAGAAACUCCUGCUUUGGAAUCGAACAAAAUUCGAAGUGGUUGACGUCAAGGACCCAACCUUUAGGAAAAGUUUGCCGAUACUCAAGUCAGAACAGGAUUACAUCCUCGGUGUGCAGCCGAAUCCAACAAACCGAAGCCAGGUAGUUAUUCUGACGACUUCGGCUAUUUUCUGGAUUGAGACCUCCUCGCAAGCAAAGGCAACGGCGAAUACGGGGGGUCUUGAUGUCCUCCAGUCAUUCGCACAUCUACGGGAUGCAGAUGCCGACUCUCUGAAGCUGACGGUUCACCAUAGUGGACACGGACCGGGCAACGAGAGCUGCAUUGCAUAUCUCUACUCGGACAAUGCCCCUGAAGUUGAUGUCUUUUGGCUUUCCAGCAUGGAGAAGACUGGGCUACCACAGUUCCGGCACUACAUGAUGAGGAUUGAUGGUCUUCCGGUUGAGUCAGACCAGAAACGAGUGAAGAUUCACACACUGUGCCCUACUCCAGUGUUCUUCAAUAGCCAGUCCUCGGAACCAUCUAGAGGUCCUGGUGCUGAGUAUCUAGACAACCAAGUCGGAUUUCAACAACUCUUCAUCCUUGGGAGGGAUCUCAGCCUGAGCCAAACUCUCAUGGCUGUUUCGUCCAGCCGGGAUCUCGAGAUCGUUCCGCCUGAUAACAGCCGUGAAUGGUCAAGAGAUGCUCGAAGACGAGCGCACAGGAAGAGGCGUAAGCAAUUCUUGCGCCACUUUCAAGACACAUUCGUCGUACCUGACGGGCUUGGCGACAUGGACGAGCUGGUCCAACGACGUGCAACGAGGUAUCAGGAGCUCUUGCAACUUACCGGAGAGGGAGAGGGCGAAGAACUGCAGCAGCGAUGGCCGCGAACAAGGAACCUCAAUCUCUUCAUGUCCCGCGUUGUUAUGUCUAUCGACUCUAUAAUCGUCGCAGCGGAGACUUGCACAAUUGAUGGCCCUCUGUCCGUUUUCGACGCAGUCCACGAAGCUACGAUCAACUGUCUCGAGACGGAGGGUGGUUACAUUCCACUCCAUACUUUGCACGAGUAUGAGGCGACAUUUGAGGCGCCACCCAUGGCCGACGAGGCCGUAGCUGCGUGGGACGCACGUCUCCAGGAACUGUUCUCUGUCAACGACCAACGCAUCGUUACUCAACCCUUCGAUACGCAUCUCCUAUGCCACGGAGAAACAGGAUAUCUAGCAGACAUCCGGCGUCAACUCGAAGAGACUUGGAGCUUGUCAAAUCUCCCCCCACAGGCACAGCACUCUCGCGCAGUUAUCCUGGCUGAGACAGCGGAGGCCAUCGCCAGGGCCCUAUUUGGCGUCGCUGUCCUCGACGAAAACAUCCCUGUGACAGAGGAUGAGCCCUCCACCUGGGUCCCCACGCCUCCUGAGUUGCCAGCCCCAUCUUCAGGCCAGCGGCUUUCCAUGUCCAGUCAAAGAAGCUCACUCGCAAGCCAACGUCUCUCCAUGUCGCCUCUCAAACUACGAAGCCAGCUGUCCCCCACGAAGCCAUUGCGCCUCACAAUGUCCCCCAUUAAGCCACGACUCUCCAUGUCACCCAUUAAACCGCGACAGUCCAUGUCACCCCUCAAACCCCGCCGUUCAAUGUCGCCAACCAAAGCCACCUCAUCGGCCCCUUACUCCUCGCAGCCCUUCUCUUCGUCGGCGCCCUAUUCCCAGUCGUCAGUUACCUCCGCAGACGCGGUACAAGUAGCAUCAACGGCACUCCAGCGCCUAAGCAUGCUAGCCACGGAUAUUAACAUGACUGAUGGCCCUAGCCGUCAACACAGUGUCCUCUCAUACUGGCCCGCGAAACGCGGCGUCAGCACGGAAAACUACAUCUCCUCCGUUCUCGCGUCUUCCACGAGACACUUGGACGCAAUCAACGAGCGCCGGCAGCGCGCUGAGACCCGCCGCCGCAAGCGCAGGUCGCAGCUCUUUGGUGGCGCCCCUGCUUCGUCGCAGACGGCGGGCCCCGGGACGACACAGGACGAGGCGGAAGACUCUGGGCCCAGCAUGCCCGAGCCCGCCACACAGCCGCUACCGAAGCUCGCACCGCCCAUCAUCGAGUCGAGUCAGGCCUCCCCUAUACGGUCGCAGCCCUUUCUAUCUUCGCAGACUAUCAUGUCCUCUCAGAUGCCGCAAACCAUGUCGCAGCCCCUUACGGGACGUCACGGGAUGCGGUCGCCCAAGAAAAAAGGGAAAAGAAAGUCUGGUUUUUAG